UGAAAGAAGAGGUUUGGUCGUAGCGGUGGACUGGACUCCGAUAGCCUGAUCGUGUGAGCCACCAGCAACCUCCUGCGGCCAGCCGGCAGUCUUCCCGGUGGCAGGCUCUCAGUAAAUUUGCGCCGUCACUUGUCAUAACCGGUCUCCCAUCUUUCCUUUCUUUGAAAGCUGGGCUCGGUAUCAGUCUCUAAGCCCCUGUUUGCUUGCUUUGUUUAUGAUGGUGAAAUUUUCAGCCACAGUUUUGUAAUGGCUUCAUCGUACAGGAAAAGAUAAAAAAGGGGAAGAAGACUAGAGACUGAGGGCAGCAGCAGAGCUCUGCAUUCUUUUUUCAGCAUUCCUCUCGUUAAAUUUUAUAUGUACGGAAGGUGUUCGAUGAAAGUCUCAGCUGAGUUGGUACACGGGAUAUCCCGGCGUCUGCUUGUCUCCCCAAGGCGCUCUAUCUCGAGCUUGCCUUACCUGUGCGAGAGAAUUAAGCAAACAGAAAAUGAGAUUGUCCAUAUGUUCAAGAUGCCUGGUCCAAACGAAGAAACGGAAAGCCGAAAAUUCCCGAGGAAGUACAACUCUUCGGCUAGGGUGCUGGACGAAAGGUUCAUUAGGAUUCUGAAGAUAUUCAAGUGGGGACCUGAUGCUGAGAAGGCCUUGGAAGUGCUCAAAAUGAAGGUGGACCAUAGGUUGGUUCGUGAGGUUUUGAGCAUUGAUGUUGAGGUUAAUGUCAAGGUUCAGUUCUUUAAGUGGGUCGGGAAGAGGAGAAAUUUUGAGCAUGAUUCUACCACUUACAUGGCUUUGAUUCAUUGUUUGGAUGAAGCUGGAUGGGUUGGUGAAAUGUGGAAGACAAUCCAAGAAAUGGUCAGGAGCCCUUAUGUUUUAUUAAGUCCCGCUGAUUUAUCUGAAAUUCUGAGAAUUUUGGGGAGGACCAAGAUGGUAAACAAGGCCUUAUCCAUAUUUUAUCAAAUAAAAAAUCGCAAGUGCAAACCGACUGUGGGUACUUACAACUCUCUGAUAAUGAUGCUAAUGCAGCAAGGCCAUCAUGAGAAGGUGCAUGAACUUUACACUGAGAUGUGCAGUGAGGUUGAUUGUUUACCUGAUACUGUAACAUAUAGUGCUGUUAUAUCAGCAUUUUCGAAAUUGGGCCGUGAUGAGUCUGCUAUGAGGUUGUUUGAAGAGAUGAAGGAAAACGGCCUAUAUCCUACAGCCAAAAUAUACACAAUCGUGUUGGGAAUUUACUUCAAGUUGGGAAAUGUAGAGAAAGGUUUGAGUUUGGUGCAGGAGAUGAAAGCUAAAGGUUGUCCUCUGACUGUCUUCACUUACACGGAGUUGAUUAAAGGACUUGGAAAGGCAGGGAGGGUUGAUGAUGCAUACGAUGUUUUCUUAAAUAUGCUAAAGGGGGGUUGCAGGCCUGAUACUAUACUCAUAAACAAUAUGAUAAACAUUUUGGGGAAAGCAAGUCGUUUAGAGGAUGGAAUAAAGCUCUUCCACCAAAUGGAAUCAUGGCAGUGCAUCCCGAAUGUAGUUACAUAUAAUACUAUUAUCAAAACCUUAUUUGAAUCAAAAGCUCCAGCUUUGGAAGUUUCUUCAUGGUUUGAGAGGAUGAAGGUCAGUGGGAUUGCUCCUAGUUCAUAUACUUACUCAAUUCUUAUUGACGGCUUUUGUAAGACAAAUAAAGUUGAGAAAGCUAUGUUGCUUCUUGAAGAGAUGGAUGAAAAGGGGUUUCCUCCUUGUCCUGCUGCCUAUUGCAGCCUGAUUAACAGUCUUGGAAAUGCCAAACGCAUGGAAGCUGCAAAUGAAUUAUUUCGGGAGUUGAGAGAGAACUGUGGACAAUCAAGCGCUCGUGUUUAUGCUGUCAUGAUUAAGCAUUUCGGAAAGUGUGGGCGCCUUGAUGAUGCUCUUGAUCUUUUUAAUGAAAUGAAGAAACUCGGUUGCAUUCCUGAUGUCUAUACUUACAAUGCCCUGAUGUCUGGACUGGUACGUGCUGGAAUGAUAGAUGACGCUUAUUCACUUCUUAGAACCAUGGAAAGUAACGGUUGUUGCCCAGACAUUAACUCGCAUAACAUUGUCCUGAAUGGCUUAGCUAGAACUGGUGGCCCUAAACGAGCAAUGGAAAUGUUUUCAAAGAUGAGACAUUCUGGAAUCCAACCUGAUGUGGUAUCUUACAACACAAUUCUUGGUUGUCUUAGCCGUGCUGGCAAGUUUGAGGAGGCUGCCAAUUUGAUGAAAGAGAUGAAGAGAAAAGGAUUUGAAUAUGAUCUCAUUACAUACUCUUCGAUUCUUGAGGCAGUUGGUAGGGUUGAUGAGGUGCAUGCAAAUCCUGUUGCAUGAAAAGAUAUCCCACAUUGCUGAAAUGUGCUUAUCCGCAUUUUAAGGCGGAGCAGGAGCCAAGUCCUUGUAGCUGGACCCUUGAACAAACCAGAGUAAGAGAAUCCUAUCCAUCAUGAUUCAUGGCAAGAGAGUCAGAGAAAAAACACCAGCAGCGAAUUGUCACAAUUUCUCAUCGAAAGGACCACGAAAGAAGUAGCAUUGCAACUCCAAUCUUGGUAACCUAACUGGUGUAUUGUCUGCAAUUUUGAUCCUGUGCAUUGUUUCAUCCUCCAAGUUGCUCCCAUCCAGCAAAAAGACCUUACACUGGCAGACUCAUUCACGAAUUAUGCUUGUACAGUUGUACUGGAUGAUGAUCCACUUACUGCGAUCCCCCUGUGCUUCCAGGAUCAUGGAUAUGAUGUAGGAUUAUGGAAUCAUGACCGUGGAAGCCAAGCAGCAGCUAGAUGAGCACACUUGACAUGGCACAAGUGACAGACUCAACAGUAUCGUCGUUUUUAGGUUCGGGGUAUUAAGUUGCAGUAGCUGAAGAUCGCUGCAGAACACUAAUGUAAAGUGGUUUUUUCUCAGUUGUGAAAUGUUUUCUCUAUUCAAGUUUUGGAACUCAAAUGAGAUGCCCAAGCAGGCUUAAAUUGUUGUUGUAGCUGUUUUUUGUUACAUGGCAUUGCUGGGGUCAAGAUUGUACAGAAUCAAGGUAAUGUCACAGAGGAAUACUCGACUUCUGAUUCACAGAAACGCAUUAGAACAACGCGGAAUAACGGAGCAAAGGAAACGAUAAACUCAAUCUGCAAUCUCAUGAUCACCUCCACAUAACUGAGAUCCAUACGAAGGAGAAUCCAUUGAACAAAGACAGUAGUACUAGAACAAAGGAUCUUCAGUCAUGUACUCAGUUAUUUCUUUCUUACCUCAAGUCUACUACCAACACUGUAAAGCAGCUAAAUAGCCUCACAGCAUGAGAAAUUAAGGGCACCCCCUUUUAGUUAUUAUACAACAACAAACUAGCAGAAGCUACAGGGGAACCUGCUCAACACUAAACAGAUUCCCACGUCUAUCACAGAUAAGGUACACAUCAUCAUCAUCAUCAUCAUCCACUAGCAUCCUCCACUGAGAUCCCGGGUUGCUCCUCGACCCCAGAAUCUUCUUCCUGAAUCUUGGCUAUCUCGGACUGCACUCUCUCCAUGAUCUCUCUCUUUUGCAUCUCUAAAUCCUUGUGGAAAUCCAUCCUCAUCUUCUCCAGCUCCACCAUCUGUUGCCGCUUACUCAUCUCGAUCUUCUCAUAUAUCUCACUGAACUUCUCGAUCGAAUCAGCCAGCAAUCUGAAUUCGGACCCCUCCUCGUUCUGGUCCCUUCUGGACCACCUCUUCUUUGGCGGGAGCCCAUCUGAAUCAUCCUCUUCUUCGUCAUUAUCAUCAUCAUCAUCUGAGUUGCCCGGACUAUCCCUCAUCUCGUCCAACCCAUUGGGCCGGUUGAGAUACACUCUGGGGUUGCUGAAAACAUACUCCCCGGAAUCCAAACCACAAGACAGUAGUCCGCUCCCACCUAGUUGUGCAGAGGUCGACAUCAGCAUAUCCAUCUUCUUGAAAUACACCCAUCUAUUGCUCAAACUCCCCACUAAUCUACCCUUCUCUUUCUUGUAUUUCUUCUUCAAGGUAUCCAAUCGGUUCCUACAUUGGGUGUCGGUUCUCUCAACUUUAGAUACUUCUGAUACCUUCUUUGCGACUUCUAGCCAUUCGUCUGAGCGGAGACUCUUCCUCCCACGUUGUAGGAACUUGUCUCCCCAAGAAUCUAGUAGGACAAAUGUUUCUUGUUCGGUCCAGUCAGUGAGAGGAUUUCUCCCUGCAAAAGAAGGUUUCGACGAAAGAAUAGAUGCAAUUGGAAGUGGUGGUGGUGGUGGCACACGUGGGGCAAAUUCAUAACUUGAUACCAGGCUCUUUAGUUUCCGUUUCUUUGGGUGCCUUACCAAAUUAGCAGCAUUGUCAACAUCAGCAGCAGCAUCAUACUUCUUCUCGUUACUAUCAUCAUCAUCAUCAUCAACAUGAUCAUCGUCAAACUCAAUGUUGUCAUCAUCAUCCACAUCUUCUACAUCUUUUCCCAAAUGAACCUUACCAUUAUUCAGAUUAUUGUUCUCUCCACCCUCAUUGUCUACCAAUUCUUCAUCAUCAUCUAUGGAUGGAUCCUCCUCAUCAUUAUCAUCAUCACUACCGUACUGAUCA